AUGCUUCUUAAGGUGAAGACUGUAAGCAACAAGGUUAUUCAAAUUACCUCACUUACUGAUGAUAACACAAUAGCGGAGUUGAAGGGUAAGUUAGAAGAGUCAGAAGGCAUUCCUGGGAAUAUGAUCCGCCUUGUGUAUCAGGGAAAGCAAUUGGAGGAUGAGAAGCGGCUGAAAGAUUACCAAAUGUCCGCCGGUGCGACAUUUCACAUGGUGGUGGCCCUGCGCGCGGGUUGCUGA